UUUUAUAAUGCAAUAACUUUAGAAACUUAAAUUACAGGCUAGUUUCCUCAAAUUUGGAUUGUUUGGUAUUGGUUGAUUGCUGCUUGAGUGGAACUAUGACUACCUUGAAGUUUGAAGUUUCGUUAUUUGAUGGAAGAGCGGACUUCGUGUUGUGGCAAUGCACGAUUCAAGACUAUUUGGUCCAGCAAGGUCUUGAUUUAGCAUUGCAAGAUGAGAAGUCAGGUGAUAUGAAAGAAUCAGAGUGGAGUACAAUCCAGAAGAAGGCUGUCAGCACAAUUCGGUUGGCACUGUCUCCACAAAUUAAAGUGACAGUACUGAGAGAGACAUCACCAAAGAAACUGUGGGAAACGUUGGAGAGCAAGUUUGCGUCGAAGACACUUACUAACCAGUUGAUGAUGAGGAUGGACUUGUACUCACUGAAGAUGGAAGAGGGAGGUAGCAUAAUUGAUCACAUCAACAAGUUUAAUGAGCAAGUAUCAAGGUUGUUAAAUGCAGGGGAGACUAUCAAGGAUGAAGAACAAGGGCUGCUUCUACUGGCUUCACUACCAAAAUCCUUUAAGCCGUUUGUGCAGUCAAUGAUAGCAGGAAGGACUACACUGCGACUAGAUGAGGUGACGACUGCCUUGAAGGAGAGUCAAAGGAUGAUGGGAGGUGAAGAGUCUUCCAGGGACAAUCAUUUACUAGCUGCUUACCUUAGAGACCCUGAAAUUCCUCCGAGGAAGCUCGUCGGCGGCCGCCGGACUGCCUCCACCGCCGCCGACCCCGACCCUUUCAUCGAUUCUCCGACGAAGGCGGAGGCCGAAACCCGUUUCCAGAAAUACUUGCCCUACAACAAUAGCGACGACGACGGUGACGGCGAGGGCGACGAUCCGUACUCUUCCGAUACUUUUCGGAUGUUCGAGUUCAAGGUGCGGCGGUGCACGCGCAGUCGGAGCCACGAUUGGACCGACUGCCCGUUCGCCCACCCCGGCGAGAAAGCUCGCCGGAGGGAUCCCCGGAAGUUCCACUAUUCCGGAACUGUGUGUUCAGAGUUUCGGAAAGGGAACUGCCUCCGGGGGGAGGGGUGCGAGUACGCACACGGCGUGUUCGAGUGCUGGCUCCACCCGAACCGGUACCGGACCGAGGCGUGUAAGGACGGGAAGAAUUGCAAGCGGAAGGUUUGUUUCUUCGCCCACACGUCCCGGCAGCUGCGCGUCAUGCCACCGGAGGGCUUCGAGAAUUUUCCGGCGGUGGCCGCUCCCGCCCCCGCCGGCAACCACUGCUGCCUGUGCUGCCACUCUCCGAACUCAACGCUCUUGGCAGCGGGAAUCUCCCACAUGUCGCCGCCGGUAUCUCCGUCCCUCCCAUCGCCCCUCUCUCCGGCAAAAGCCCCAUUUUCUAGAUUCGGCGGCGGGCAUGAGGCCGAACAGCUGGUGAGCUCUUUUGAAUCCAUGAAUGUUAAUGGAGGUACGGAGCAAACGAAGGAUGCGAUGUGGGAUCGUAUCGAGGAGAAGUUCUUCACGGCGAUGAAGAAGGACGGCUCCUACCGAACCCGGGACCAACUCACUUCCAAAUGGAGCCACAUCAACAAAAAAGUCCGAAAGUUUAUGGGAGUUUACGAGGGAUGCUCCCGGUCCCGGAGGAGCGGCACGAACGACGCCGAUGUUCUCCGGCUUGCCACGACCCGGUAUCAAGACGACGGGAACCAAGGCAAGGUGCCCAUCGAUCUUUGGAGGAUUUUGAGUCGUUCCCCGAAGUGGCAACAACUCAACAAUCCCGACGGCGGAUCGUUCCGGAAAAGAUCCACCGUCGACGCCGAGGUUGAGGUCGACGAGACUAUCGGUUCUAGCGAUCAAAUCCCUCCCUUCAACGUUGCGGAUUCCGAUGACGAGGACCCCAUUCCACGGCCGAUCGGAAGAAAGAAGGCAAAAUCCAUUGCCUCGGGUUCGGGAGGGUCCGCCNAAGAGAGGUUGAAGCUAAAGGAGAAGGAGUUGAAGCUAAAGGAGCAGGAGGCUGAGAUGAAAGUCAUGCAAACCGACCCCGGGACGUUGUCGGAGUUUGGACGAAUGAUCUAUGAGCAAAGAAUGAGAGAGAUCAAGGAGAAAUAUAAUUUACCUUAGUUUUUUUAUUAAUGUAUCGUUUUUUAAAUUAUUGACGCUUUUUUAUAUUUAAUGAAUGUAUUUUUUUUAU